AUGUGGACAAGAGCUGUUACCAACUGUCCAGCGGACGAUUUGUCACCAACAGAUUAUGGGUGGUAUGUUGAUAACACCCUCCUAAAGCCAACCUGGUUUGAAGGCCCUGCCAUACCAGAUAGUUUGUUUACAGAAAACAGCACGCAAAACAUGGAAAGUGAAGACGACAGUGACACUGAAUCAGAAGCUGACGAUGAGCUAGAGAGUCUGUCAGAUGUAGACAUAUGGAGCGAAUAUACAGAUGCGGGAGAGGAAGAAGACGAUUGA